UUAACACUUACAUUACUGUUGGUAAUUGUGCGUUCUCCUCAAGGCCGGAUUUGAACUUCGUCCAACAUCCUUACUGCAGAGUCUAAUAAUCGGCUCGGCUCCAUAAAAAUAUUCCACGUUUUCGCCCGACUACAUAUCCAACACAUUGCAAUCGUGAGGCAAUAAGGGCACGAAAUGCUGUCGAGAUUCAACAUGGAAUAACGAGGAUACCAAGAUCCAGAUCCGGACAUUCCUGUAGAAUACUGACAUGCAUUGUAUAUAAAGGUCUAUGAUUGGACGAGAAACACGUUCGCGAGGAAGCCGAAUUCUUCUAGGUAACUGGGAAAGAGAAAGGGAUCUUUGCCAAAUGUUUAUAAAAUGGAAAGUUUACUGUUGAUGUAAACUGAGCGACUUUGCUAACCAUCGCCAUGUACGGAAAUACGAGCUUGAUCAUCAUCCUUUCCUCGGAGCAUGGUCGUUUGAGACGCGAGCAGCGCGACAUUGAUAAGCGCGAUCUCAAAUACGGGCAAAAAGCUAAGGCUUGGGGUCAACGCUACCGUAUCGAAUAUGACGGGAUCGUCUAUAUCGUCGAUAAAAGUUUGCGCCAUGAGAUCACAAGCUUUCCAGCCCUGCUUGUCAUGGCCAAUCCGGAUCUCUCUCAAAGGCUAGCACCCACAAAUGCGCUCAAGAUUCUUCGAAUCAAACCUGACGGAUCCAUGAACACACACAAUAUCUGCCUACACCGCGAUCGUCAGACGGCAGCCUACUCAACGGUAGCGCUCGAGUUCAUCACUGAGCAGAUCUUCAAUGACACAGCUAAUAACAGCGACGUAUUUUCCUUGAUCGGUGAUGCCAUCAAAAGUCUCACAACCACCUUGACCGACACUCGAUCAUCUAUUUAUGCGCACAAGAACAAUCGGCUCACGAAGAGAUGUCUGGAAAGGAAGGCAAGUCUUGUGAUGAAGCAAUGGUGGUAUUACGAAAUAUUAAGUCACCUGACUUUCGAUCCUAGGUCCAAAAAAUGGGUUGCCUACGACGGGCCACCUCCCGGAAGUAUACACGUUGAGUGGCCCCAAGAGUUCUAUUCCCGUCGUCAGAAGCCACCACGGUUUCUUGCUAUUCAUGCUGAGCUUGUUGGGCAGAAUGCAGAGAGAUUCGCUUUCAAGGCACGUAUGGCAGAUAGGGCAGAAGAUGAGGAGAGCUUUGUUCUUGGAGCCGUGGUUGCUUAG